UUACAAGCAUAUUCUAUUACCCGACCCGAUAACCGAACCGACUAGUACCCGAAAAAAAUACCCAAAACAAAUCAUGGGUAACCGACCGACCCUAAAACUUGAAUUUAUUUAUUCGUUAUGAACAGUCGCAUUGAGGAUUAGGAAAUCACAACCUGCAAUUGUUGUUGCGAUCUGAAUCCCUAAAAUAGAUCUAUCUAUCCCAUUGAGAUUUGGAUUUUAAAGAUGGUGGUGGUGUCAUCUGUAAGAGACUACAUAAAUCGUAUGCUACAAGAUAUUUCUGGCAUGAAAGUCCUCAUACUUGAUUCCCAAACGGUAAGUGUUGUGAGCGUGGUGUAUUCUCAGUCAGAACUUUUGCAAAAACAAGUGUUUCUGGUAGAAUUGGUUGAUUCGAUUUCCAUGUCAAAGGAGUCCAUGUCACAUCUCAAAGCCGUUUAUUUUCUCCGCCCGACUUCAGAAAAUAUUCAGCAUUUCAAACGCCAGCUUGCUAAACCGAGAUUUGGAGAAUAUAACCUUUUUUUUUCAAAUAUGUUGAAUACUACUCAGCUCCAUAUCUUAGCGGAUUCAGACGAACAUGAAGUUGUUCAACAAGUGCAGGAGUUUUUUGCCGAUUUUGUCGCACUAGACCCCUACCAUUUCACUUUGAACACACCAUCAAAUCAUAUGUAUAUGCUCCCUGCUGUCGUAGACCCUCCAAAGCUACAAACUUACUGUGAUCGAAUCGUAGAUGGAAUUGCAGCCAUCUUUUUGGCUCUUAAAAGGAGGCCCGUUAUUCGAUAUUCACGAACAUCUGAUAUCGCUAAACGCAUAGCACAUGAAGCUUCUAAGCUGAUGUAUCAGCAGGAAAGUGGCCUUUUCGAUUUCAGACGCACCGAAAUCUCUCCUUUGUUGCUUGUAAUUGAUAGGAGAGAUGAUCCUGUUACUCCUUUACUGAACCAAUGGACUUAUCAGGCUAUGGUGCAUGAGUUGAUAGGUAUUAAAGACAAUAAGGUAGAUUUAGGAAAUGUUGGAAAAGAUGAGCAGCAGGAGGUUGUAUUGUCGUCUGAACAAGAUGCCUUUUUCAAGGCUAAUAUGUAUGAAAACUUUGGAGACAUUGGAAUGAGUAUAAAGCGGAUGGUGGAUGAUUUUCAGCAAGUGGCCAAAAGCAAUCAGAACAUUCAAACAAUAGAAGAUAUGGCUAAAUUUGUUGACAAUUAUCCAGAAUAUAGAAAAAUGCAAGGAAACGUGUCUAAGCAUGUAACCCUGGUGACAGAAAUGAGCAAGAUAGUUGAAGAGCGAAAACUUAUGUUAGUUUCACAGACCGAACAAGAAUUGGCUUGCAACGGUGGUCAAGGAGCUGCAUUUGAGGCUGUGACAAAUCUUUUGAAUAACGAAAGUGUGUCGGACAUGGAUCGACUACGGCUGGUAAUGUUGUAUGCUUUACGUUAUGAGAAAGAGAGCCCUGUUCAACUGAUGCAGCUUUUCAAUAAGUUGGCUUCUCGGUCCCCCAAGUAUAAGCCUGGGCUUGUACAAUUCCUUCUAAAGCAAGCAGGGGUUGAUAGACGAACGGGAGAUCUGUAUGGUAACAGGGAUAUCUUGAAUAUUGCACGUAACAUGGCUCGUGGACUAAAGGGGGUUGAGAACGUCUACACCCAGCAUCAACCGCUUUUAUUCCAAACAAUGGAGAGCAUUACAAAGGGCAGGUUGAGAGAUCUUGAUUAUCCUUUUGUUGGCAAUCACUUUCAGCAGGGCAGGCCACAAGAGGUGGUGAUCUUUAUUGUUGGUGGGACUACAUACGAGGAAUCUCGUUCAGUUGCUCUACAGAAUUCAUUGAAUUCCGGAAUUCGCUUUAUACUCGGAGGAUCCACUCUUCUAAAUUCUAAAAGGUUUCUUAAGGAUCUUGAAGAAGCUCAAAGGAUUGUUCGAUCAAGCACCGGUGUUGUUUAGAUGUUAAAUAUGAAUUUACAUAUUUCUUUUUCUUGAAAUUGCACUUGGGAUAUGUGUUUUAACUUUUGAGCACGCGCUGGAGAUGUAAAAAAUUUAACCGGAGAUGGACCUGUCAAUCGAGCUCUGAUAAUUGUUCGAGACAUGGACCAUAGUAUAGUGGCUUGUUUGAUGUGGUUAAUAAGAUCUUUACAGGGAUAUAUACAUGAAUGCUAGCUGUAUAAUUUGUUUUUUG